GCUGUAUUUUUGAUUUUGACGACAUGCCUCCUUCUUCAUUCAACAAUUUCUACGAUAUAUUAGGAGUUGACAAGCACACCUCCACUGACGAUGCAACCGAGGAAGGAAAGCAAGCUGCAGAAAUUCAGUUCCACAAGGUCCGCGAGGCGUUCGAAACCUUGUGUGAUCCUGAGAAGCGUAGGGCAUACGACACGCGACUCGGCAUGAAAGGAGACGCUCAACUCAUCUCUGAGGAAUCCGUCCGUCGAAUGGCUGAACGACGCGAAUGGGCUCGAAAGCAACAGGAAGAAAUCCAGAAGCGAGCCGACGCAUUUCAGGAAAAGAUUCGACGAGAACGGGAAGCCAAGGAACUGGCUAAAGCCAGAGAAUUAGAACAGGCCGCGAUGGCGGCAGAUAUGCUGAAAGAAAUGUACGAACACACACCUGGAUUCACGGAAAGGCGGGAGGCAGCGCUUCGGGUUCGUUCUUCUUUCCAAAUCUUCUACCAAAUUCGGUCCUCACGUUUUCUUAGCGAAAGGCCGAGCGCGAACGUGCAGAGCGACGCAGCCGCGGACAACGCCUCCGAUCGUAACACUAGAAGAGCCUACCUCGACCCACCUCACUUCUCCUCACAUCAUAUCUGUAAUGGUUAUUGA